AUGACAAGAAUAGUAAAUGAACCACCGCCAACAAGUGAACCAGUUAAUUGGUCUCAAACAAUUAAUAUACACUAUCCUCCACAGGCACAACCGGCAUAUGAUAGGGGAUACGGUUGUCCACAUCCCCAAGGGUACUACCAACCAUACGCACCACAACCCGUUUAUGUCCAACAACCAGCCACGUCUGAUGACGAGGAUUGUUUAUUGGCAUGUUUAGCUGUCAAAUUAUUGACCCUACGUCUUUAG